AUGACAGAAGGGAUCGGCAAUCUUCACAGCAUGAAAGUGCUAUCCAUACAAUAUAAUCAUCUUACGGGUUCUAUACCACUGCCAGUUUUCAACAUUUCUAGAAUUGAAAAUAUAGCAUUUACAGGGAUAAUUCCUCAAGAAAUUGGAAAUCUUGUUAAUUUGGUGGCGUUAGCCAUGGAGAAAACCCAGAUUAUCAGCUCAGUCCCAAUUUCCAUAUUCAAUAUCUCGUCGCUGCAAAUGUUGUUACUGUCGCAUAACAAUCUUAGCGGAUUCUUAUCACGGGAGAUUGGCAACUCAACCAAGAUGCAAUUUUUAUAUCUUGACGAAAAUAGUUUUACUGGUGAAAUACCCAAAGAGAUAAGCAAUCUCGUUGAGAUGGAGGUACUUAACCUUGGGUUUAAUAGUUUUAGUGGUUCACUUGAUAUCAGGGCUGAGAAUAAUUGA